AUGACUUCAUCCAAUGGGACCACAAGCUCCGUGGAUGGCCCGCUCGGCAUCUGCCUCUGGGUGCACCCUAGAAGCACCAGCACAGCUUUCGCUCGAGCUCUGCUGCAACGCAAGGAUACGCACUACGAGCACGAACCAGUGACGAUGGUCUUCUAUCACAGCGCGCAGAGGGCCAAUUUCAGAUUUGGAGAAGAGGCUUGCGCUCAGUCGGAGUACUACGACGCCACCAUCGAGGGAGUGAUGCAGGAUAUGCUCAAGGAGAGCAGGUAUGGCAAGAACAGAGAAGGCAGAGAUGCGGUCAAAUUCGUCUUCAUCAAGGUGAGCAGCAGCUUUCCCGGUCUUGAGCGAGCGCAGCAGCAGCAGCAGCCACCCACGCACUCACUCACUCACUCACUCACCUUAUACCGCGAUGCCAUGUCCGCGACUCCUGCCCGAUCAGGAUAUGGCGCAAUCCAUCUUCAGCGCCGACACUCUCGCCAAGCUGUACCCCAAAUCUAAAGUGUAUCGCCAAGCGGACACGCGAGCUCCAAAGUCUGAUGCGGAUCGCAAGGACGUCGAGGAUUUGCGAAACACGCUCGAGAAUCCCACAGUGGUUCCCAUCGAUCUGCUGCGAAGGUACAGGCACGCAUUCCUCAUGAGGACGCCAGAAAAGACGAUUCCCAGCUACUACAAGUGAGUGCGGGUGGGGUGGAGGGCAGCUUGGGCGAGGUUUGCGAUGCGUGCCAUACCAAGCGAGGACGCACGUGAGCUCAACCAGCCUUGCCGUCCUCCCCUCUCAUCAUCGUCAGAUGCACACAAGAAGGCGCAGGCGGCUUCACCUUUUGGGAUUCUGCCGAGGCCGGGUACGCCGAAAUUCGCAUCCUGUACCAGUGGAUGUCGAAUCCAGAGUCAUCGUGGCACAAAGCUCCCAUCUCUACAGACGACGCCAAGUACCCUGGCAGACCAGUGGAGCAGCCCGCGGCACCGCCUUUGAUCGAUUCUGCCACGCUCCUUGCGGACCCCGAAAAGACGCUGGCUCAUUGGUGCAAGGCGCUGGGCGUGCCAUUCGAACCCACGAUGCUCAAGUGGGAGGACAAAAAGGUCAAGGAAUUCUCCAGCUGGGGCAGCUUCCACGAUGUUGCCGAGCACAGCACUGGCUUCGACAAGAGCGUGGAAGCACCAAAGAAGGAUCACUGUCAGGAAGUGCUAGAUGGCAUCGAAGAGUGUCGAGCCGACUACGAGUGGCUUCACGCUCGCAGGACCAUCAGUGCCGACGAUGAGAAACCCUUGGCGUCGUGA